GUCAUCAACAGCAUUCUAUCCCAGGCCAUCAUGAAGAUCACUCUCUUCGUCCUCCUCACUUUGGGCACCGUGGCCUUGGCCCGCCCGGAUUCGAUCUUCGACUUCGACCUGGACGACAUCCACCAGGAUCAGGACAUCGAUGACAAUCGCGUGAUCACUGGAUCCUACAGCUGGAUCGCUCCCGACGGGGUGAAAUACUUCGUCAGGUACGUAGCAGACGACGACGGCUACAGAGUCCUGGAGUCCAACGCCGUUCCAGCCACCGUCCUGGGCAUCAGAGCCAACGGGCAGCAGGGAUCCUUCCUGUCCUCCGAGGAAUUCGACGAUUAGGACUCCGUCCUACAACAAGAAAGAGGAGAGGGCAGGAUAUGUCAAGGAUUUAAUGUCAAAUGAGACGUGGACGGAAUGUAUGAAGUAAACAAAAAAACUAGUCCUUUUCUUACGUCAUGUUUCUUUUUCUCUUAGUUUUGUCUACUUUCUUUACUUUAAGUAAUAAAGUCCUUCUUUUCUAAGUCUUCUCGAUGUAUAGGAUAUAUACGAAAAUGUAUUAAACGCUCACCAGAUUACUUCAGAUCUUUGUUAACUUAUUGUGUACAAACUUAAUAAAUAUCGCAGAAAAA